UCCUCAUACAGUUUAUUCAUAAAUCUUCUACUCUAAAGUCAUGGGAUCGUUGUCCCCGCGACGCCGUUAUCCGUCCGAGCCUCUAUCAGAUUUACUCCAGCACAUGCAUAUGACCGAAAUAAUAUUUCGUUCAUUUUGCUCAAAAUCCGUAAAAAGACAUUUGAAAUCAUUAAACGUCAGCGAUGUAGAUUUGAGAAUAGUUCUUCGAAAACAACCUGGUGUUUGUUUAAUGUAUUGUCAUGUGUCGGCGGAAGUAGAAUAUUCUGAGAAGAACUUUGUCCCAGUCAGUGUGAAGAUUAAGGCAAGAGAUUAUCUACUUCAUUUUGUGGAUGUUUUAAACAAUCCGCAUAUUGAUGUUGUGUAUGAGGAGGGAGACGAUUCGCUUGCAGAUUUUCCAAUUCGAGUAUUGACGUGUAGAAAUGUUCAAUCGCAGAACAAAGUCCUUCAAGAUGCUAUGAACAACGCUAAAAAUUUAAGAAUGUUUGGUCCAACUCCACCAUAUCACUCGUCUCAUCAAGUUCUAUUUAAAAACUUUUAUGAGGUACUUGUUGGUUUCCUAAAUUUAGAUCUCAAUAGCUUAUUGACUAUUGAAAGCCCAAUUGUUAAAGUUAGAUCUACUGAAAUCACUGAAAACGACCUCGGCUUGUUCCUGAAGCAUUGGAUGCUCGAUUGUGCUAACAGAAAUUUGAAGUACUUAGAGAUAAAGUGUAAAAAUAAGCUUAACGAAACAACUUUGUGUAAAGGUAUAAAGUAUCGACAGCAGCUAGAGACCAUAAAGAGAACUUUCGAGUAUAAGGAUCCAAUGGGUGGAUUUCGGCGAUCAGAAACGGUUUACGGUGGAUACGAUAUUUCGAGGAGCGAUGGAGUUCAAGCUACUUUUUUCUGCGAUCUUUGGUUUUUUUAUUUUAUGAUUUGGGACUGAUAUAAUUUUGGCAAAUAAAAUU